UUUUCAUCGAAUAUUAUUUUCACAAAUGAUUUUUUGAUAAAAGAUUAUGUUUUUUUUAUUCCAGUGUUAGAAUACGUUGGACCAAAAUGGCGAACUUUUGUGGCGAAUAUGUCGAUAGCCAUGUUCUUUACAUUCGCGUCUUGUAUCUUACCAUGGAUCGCCUAUUUUUUACUCGAUUGGAGGAUGACCUGCAUCGCAACUUCAGUUCCUCUUAUUUUAGCCGUAGCGACACCAUGGUUGAUACCGGAAAGCGCUCGAUGGCUGGUCAGCCAAGGUCAAGUGGACAAGGCCAUCGAUAUUCUGGGAAAAUUCGAGCGAAUAAACGGCACCAAGGUACCCGAUGACGUCUACAAACGAUUCCGUGAAACUUGUGCUAGAAUAUGCAAAGAGGAGGAAGCUGAUAAAACAUAUUCGGUAUUGGAUUUAUUCAAAACACCACGUUUACGAAAUAUCACCAUAUUAUUCAUUAUUAUCUGGAUGGCGAUUUCUUUAGUAUUCGAUGGUCACGUACGAAACGUCAAUAAUUUAGGCUUGAACGUGUUUGUCACAUUCACGAUUGCUGCAGCAACCGAAUUGCCCGCAGACACGUUCCUUACGCUUGUUCUUGAUCGAUGGGGUAGAAGAUGGCUAGCUUGCUGUUCUCUUGUCAUUUCCGGUGUAUUCAGCAUUUGGGCUUCUAUAGUUUCCAAUCAUAUUUAUACAGCUACUUUGGCAAUUCUGGGUCGAUUUUGGAUAAAUAUCUCGUACAAUAUUGGUCUCCAAUAUGCAGCUGAAGUGUUGCCGACGGUAGUUAGAGCUCAGGGUGUAGCUCUGAUACACAUAAUGGGAUACGUCGCCAGUAUCCUUGCACCCUUUGUCGUGUAUCUUGAUGUCGUUUCAUCGAUUUUGCCUCUACUUGUGUUAGGUACUCUUGGUAUUAUAUGUGGUCUUCUGACUUUGUUUCUACCGGAAACGUUAGACAAAGAUCUUCCGCAAACGCUGCAGGAUGGAGAGGACUUUGGAAAAGAUCAGAAAAUGUGGGACUUUCCUUGUAUCGAAAGAAAACGUAAAGACGAAGAAAUACCACCAGUCACCAUAUUCAGAUCAUUUUCUAAAUGCAGCACGAGAAAUUCGAUGAGAGCAUCUCUCCGUGGUGAAACUUUAAGGAGCAAUAUGAUACGAAGAUCGAGCAUAAAAUCCAAAAAAUUCAAAAGCUCGAUUAUAGAAGUGGAAAAAUUGUAACGAAAUAUUCGAUUUCUAGUGAAUAAUUAUUAGUCUUCUAAAAAAUUAUGCAAUAUUAGUAUAAAGCAAGUUGCAAAAGUAAUCUUAUUUCAGAAUCGUCAUCAUUAAUUUCCCAUCAAAAAUGAUUAAAAAUUAAAAAUUUUAAAUUUAAAUCUUUAAUUAUCAUAAAAAUUAAAUUAAGAAUUUAGAUUAAAGUAAUGUUUAUAAUAAAAUGACUAUCGUUUUUGAUUAUUUGAUAUUAUUAUGGUAAACCAAACCAUUUUUUCCUGCCAUCAGUGUUUAUAUAUAUAUAUACAAAAGAAAUAAUAAAAUUGUGAAUUUUGAAAAACAUAAGUCGAGAUAAAAAUAAACUGAUCAUUAUGACAUAGAAUCAUGUAUCCUGUAUGUAAUAAUAAGUAUAAAAAUUUUUAGAUCGAUAUUAAGAGAUCGACCUCGAAUGUUUGUCACGCGAUUGAUUAAUCGUGACUAUUUUUACUUCGAUGUAAAGCUUAUUCUUGUAUAUGUUUUAUAAUAAAACCAAGAUUCAAGCUAGA